UACUGAAUGUUUUUAUUUUGAUUAAUACAAAAUUUUGUUUUUUACAGUGUUUAUAAACUGUAAGUUUUUCUAAAAUAUCUCAUGUAACUAAAUUUGACAUUUCCUGUAUGUAUCUAUAAUAUUGACAUAAGAUGUGAACAAAUAGUUCUAAAAACGAAAUAUGUUACAGCUGAAGAAAAAAUUAGGAUAUCGGUUUCCCUGUUUUCAAUGUAAUGGUUUUUUAUAUUUAACCUUUUAGUGCCAGAGUCCUUUUUCUCAGUAUGUUGAAUAUAUUACCUCUAACGAGCCAACAGGGAUUUUCAGUAUGUUCCAUGAUCUGUGUGAAGUGUCAACAUCCAAUAAUCAGGACAAAGGAAAAACACACCAAUAAGCAACAAUUAAUCCUUUGUGGCAUUUCAGUCUUUCAUCUACCCUUUCACUGCUAACAGAUAACAAGUCUAUAAAAACAAAAGCUGUUUAACAACAUGACAUACUCAUGGCAGCAUGGAUGAAGGAAAAGAUCCAUCAAAACAAGAAAAUUAUGAUGAUCUGUCUUCGAUUCAAAGAACUGAGGACUCCUUCGAAUUAGACAAAAAAAUGUCCACGUGGAAAACUGAUGAUGAGUCUCUGCAGAAAUGCCUCAGAAGAUUGUCAGGAGAUCAACAUGACAUGAAAGUAAUACACAUGAAACUGACCAUGGUGAAGCAAUAUGUUCAGAGUAUACACGAAAACAUGCUAUGGCCGACAAGACAAUCUGGCUUGUUACAGCAGUCAUUUACGGCUUAUUCACUGCUGUAUCACUGAUGAAAGAUAUUUUAGAAUAAUACAGUUUGAUUUUCACUCUGUAGUAAUGUGUAAAAAAAUUCAUAACAAGUUUUAGUUAAGUGACUCUGUUUUAAAAUAAAUUUAUACCAAUAAUGUCUAAAGUAAGAAAAAAAAUUGUUAUAAUAUACUUUGGAUAACCGCAUUCUGGAAAACUGUUCCAUGUGUACUUUGAAUCUUCAUUGUAUCUUAAGCAUUUAUUGUGAAUGAACAUUAAAUUACUAGUAAACAAA